UAGUCAGUCAUCUCUCUCUCUCUCUCUCGUAAAUUCCUCCAAAAUUCAGCGGAAUCUCCAAAGCUUCUGCUUACUAAAACCAGACUCUCAAUUUCACAACCAAAUUCGCAAACAUUUGCAGAGGGACAAAGCUCAUCGACGAUCGUCUUUUCAUCUCAGACUCUUUCUGUCACUGCUAUUUCAGCUCUCUAUUCGUCGCAACUGUAAAAAUGCAAGCCGCAACAUAUGCAGGCAAAGGAAGUACAUGUUUUGACAAUCAGAAGCGUAGGGUUUUACCGGGUUUUAGUGAAUUGAGGAAGAGAGGUUUAGGUUUCAACAAUCUUCGCAUGACAGAGAGGUCUUCUUGCUUCGGAUUGCGCCUCGGUUCGGCUGCUAUGGAGGCCGAGCUUGGCCGUGUCCGGACGGGCGUUGACAGAGUGUUUCGGUCCUCGGCUAAGGCCAGAUCAGUCAGGGCUCAAGCUUCUGCUGAUGGAGAUAUGGAAGAUCUUGUUCCUGCUAAAAUCCAAGCGAAAUCUUCUGGAAAUGUUUUGCCUUAUGUUGGUGUUGCCUGCUUGGGUGCCAUUUUGUUUGGAUAUCAUCUAGGGGUGGUGAAUGGUGCUCUUGAAUACCUCUCUAAGGAUCUCGGAAUUGCUGAAAACACUGUCAUACAAGGAUGGAUUGUUAGCACUCUUCUUGCUGGUGCCACUGUUGGUUCAUUUACUGGGGGCGCAUUGGCUGACAAGUUUGGCAGAACAAAAACUUUUCAACUGGAUGCAAUUCCACUUGCUGUAGGAGCAUUUCUUUGUGCCACAGCCCAGAGUGUGCAGACAAUGAUAAUCGGCCGUUUACUUGCUGGAAUUGGAAUUGGCAUCUCAUCUGCUAUUGUGCCACUUUACAUAUCUGAGAUCUCACCAACUGAAAUUCGUGGCACACUUGGAUCUGUCAACCAACUUUUUAUCUGUAUUGGGAUUCUUGCAGCAUUGGUGGCUGGGUUGCCCUUAGCAGGAAACCCUUUAUGGUGGAGGUCAAUGUUUGGUAUUGCAAUGAUACCCUCUGUUCUAUUGGCAUUGGGAAUGGCAUUUUCUCCAGAAAGCCCUCGGUGGCUUUAUCAGCAAGGAAAAAUUUCUCAAGCUGAAAUGUCCAUAAAAACUCUAUUUGGAAAAGAAAAAGUUGCUGAGGUUAUGAAUGACUUAAGUGCAGCUAGUCAAGGUUCUUCAGAACCAGAAGCUGGUUGGUUUGAUCUUUUUAGUAGCCGCUAUUGGAAAGUUGUCAGUGUUGGUGCAGCACUUUUCUUGUUUCAACAGUUGGCUGGAAUAAAUGCUGUUGUAUAUUAUUCUACGUCUGUAUUUCGCAGUGUUGGAAUCGCAUCUGAUGUUGCAGCCAGUGCUCUCGUUGGGGCAUCAAAUGUUUUUGGUACAACAAUAGCAUCCUCUUUGAUGGACAAGCAAGGAAGGAAAAGUCUUUUAAUGACAAGCUUUGCUGGAAUGGCUGCUUCAAUGCUAUUGCUUUCCUUGUCACUCACUUGGACGGUCCUGGCGCCAUAUGCUGGCAUCCUUGCUGUUCUUGGGACUGUCCUUUAUGUAUUGUCCUUUUCAUUGGGUGCUGGUCCAGUGCCUGCUCUUCUACUUCCAGAGAUAUUUGCUUCCAGAAUCAGAGCAAAAGCAGUUGCUUUGUCGUUAGGCAUGCAUUGGAUAUCCAACUUCGUUAUUGGCUUGUACUUCUUGAGUGUUGUAAAUAAGUUUGGAAUCAGCUCGGUGUAUUUGGGAUUCUCGAUGGUCUGUCUUCUAGCCGUCAUAUACAUAGCCAGUAACGUUGUGGAAACGAAGGGGCGAUCUCUGGAGGAGAUAGAGCGCGCUCUUAACCCUGCAAUUUGAUCAUGAUAAUCUUCAGAAGUGUUGAUGGUAAGAAUAACAAUAAUAAUAGUAUCUGUAGUUUACUGACACCGAGCUUCUCGGAUGCCAGUCCACAUUGCAGAGAAUCAAGUCUUGGAGCCGCGCUUGUUUCUUGUCCCCCCAUUUUCCUGUCUGUUCCUUUUUGUAUUGGACAUUUAAACUUGAUUGUAACUAGUCUUUUAAGGGCCUGUAUGGUAUAGUCGAGAGUCAUGACUUUGUUGAACCGGGGGGGGUCUCUGAGGCUGUGUGUGAAAAUAUCAGCUAGGUUUUUUGUCACUUGAUUCUUUGAUGUUCUGUCAAAACUUGAAACUAAAAUUCCACCCUUGGCACAUUCUUAGAUUCAACCUGUAGUUGGUCUUCAUGGCAA